AUGCCAGAACACACUCCAGCCCCCACUCCUAGCAGGGCAGUGUACGGUUUUGCUAUGUUCUUGGGCUUCAAAAUAUUUUUUAUUAUUUAUAUUAUCUGGUCUGUAAUCCCAGAGAAAUAUUUUGAAAAAGUGGGUAUAGACUUUCUGCCACAGCGUUAUUGGGCUAUUGCUGUACCAAUUUAUGUUUUGUCCACUUUGACACUCUUUGCCUUUGUAAUUUAUCCCAGCUUUGGUUUGAUAAUGACUCCAGAUGUGGAUGAUAUACGCACAAUCAUGGAUAAGGUGGGCAAAAAACGAAAAAAUAAUGAGAUUAAGUUGGAAGAAUAUCAGAGCCCUUCUUGUGUUUGUAAAAACCAUGAAAAAUGUGCUAAGGAAUAUUUUGAUGUCAAAGAAAUGAAUUCAAAACAAAAAAGGAUACCAGUAUUGAGAGAUUUGGAUAUGUGGACUGUAUCUGAAAGUUUGUAUUUAAAUUAAAGAUUUCCAUGAUAA